AGUUUUCUUUGACAUUGAAAGCUCACCGAUCAUAAAACAAAUAAUUACUCAAAAGUUGACACAUACCUACAACGCGCCCCUGCUAUUUCAGACGGGAUUAGAAAAUUAGCUUUGGAAUAAACAACUGAUGUAUGUUUGUGUGAAACUGGUCGUCCUUUAGUGUGACAAUAAAAGGACUAAUCAACCACUAUAACCAACAACUUCUGCGCUCAAAAUCUCUACGCCAUGGCGAUCCGAAGAGCGGUGAUUCAAGUUCUUGUAAUAAAAUGUAUGCUGUUAAUAGCAAAUGCAGCAAUAGAAGUACCUACAGCCAAGCCAGGAUGCCAAGACAGAUGUGGGAAUGUCAGCAUCCCAUACCCUUUCGGCACCAUAGAGAACUGUUACUACGACCCUGAAUUCCUCAUAACAUGUGAUGAAACUUUCGAUCCUCCGCAAGCGUUCUUGACAGGAAGCCCAAUCAAUGUCACUAACAUUACCCUUCAAGGGAAGAUGCAUGUCCUGCAGUUCGUAGCUAGCGAUUGCUAUAAUGCAUCAGGUGCAGGAGUCUAUAACAACGUACCAAGUCUGCAGCUUUCCAAAUUUGUAAUCUCCUAUUCUGAUAACAAAUUCGUCACUGUUGGUUGUGACACCGAAGCAACGAUUCAAGGGAGGCAAGGGCGCGAAGGAUACAUGAGUACAGGAUGUAGUACAAAGUGUGACAGCAUCGACAGUAUAUCCAAUGGUUCUUGUUCUGGAAUUGGGUGUUGCCAGGUAUCGCUUCCUGAAUCUGUAAGUAACUUUAAUGUCACGGCGAGUAGCUUUAACAAUCAUAGAGGUGUUUGGAACUUUAGUCCUUGUAGCUAUGGGUUUGUUGUUGAAGAAGACCAAUUCAAUUUCACUUCCAAUUUACUUCAAGAUCUGCAAAAUGGUCAAAAACUUCCAAUGGUUCUUGAUUGGACGAUCGGGAAUGAAUCGUGCAAAAUACUUCAAGAGAAAAUGAUGCCUUCUGAAUGUGAAGGAAAUAGUGCUUGUUAUGAUCCGGAUAAUGGGUCAACGGGAUAUCGUUGCAAGUGCUUUGAUGGUUUUGAUGGAAAUCCAUACCUCUCUAAUGACUGCCAAGAUAUUGAUGAAUGUGAAGAUCAAACUCUGAAUGACUGUGAAAGAAUUUGCACCAACACAGUAGGGAAUUACACAUGUUCUUGUCCUAAGGGUUAUCAUGGUGAUGGAAGAAAAGCCGGAAAUGGUUGCACGAUGAAUCGAUCCCUAGUGAUUCCUAUCGCGGUUGGAAUCAGUGUAGGAGUAACAGCAUUGCUAAUUUGCAUUACUUGGUUAUACUGGGGAAUCCAGAGAUGGAAAUUCAUCAAACUCAGAGAAAAGUUCUUCAAGCAAAAUGGAGGUUUGAUGCUGCAACAACAGAUUUCAGGAUUGGAAGGAUCUGCUACUGAUUUUGCCAAAAUCUUCACAGCCGAAGAGCUCGAAAAGGCCACCAACAACUACGACGAAAAAAGAAUCGUUGGAAGGGGAGGGUAUGGAACAGUUUAUAAAGGAAUUUUAACAGAUGGAAGACUUGUUGCCAUCAAGAAGUCCAAAUUCAUGGACGAAAACCAAAUCGAGCCAUUCAUCAAUGAAGUGAUUGUUCUUUCACAAAUCAACCAUAGAAAUGUUGUGAAGCUUCUGGGAUGUUGUUUAGAGACCCAGGUUCCAUUACUGGUUUACGAAUACAUAGCCAACGACACCCUCUCCGGUCACCUCAACAGCAAGACUAAAACCUCGAGGCUGCCUUGGGAAAUUCGUCUCAGGAUCGCCGCGGAAACUGCUGGAGUUUUAUCAUAUCUGCAUUAUGCAGCUUCAGUGCCAAUUAUACACCGAGACGUCAAGUCCACAAACAUUCUCCUAGACGAUACUUACACUGCAAAAGUGUCCGAUUUCGGUGCUUCAAGACUGGUUCCACUAGACCAAACCGAACUAUCAACAAUGGUGCAAGGGACUUUCGGAUAUUUAGACCCAGAAUACUUGCACACAAGCCAAUUGACAGAGAAGAGUGAUGUUUACAGCUUCGGAGUUGUCCUCGUCGAGUUACUUACUGGACAAGAAGCACUGUCUUUCCAAAGGCCUGAAGAACAGAGAAAUCUGGCAAUGUAUUUUAUUUCCGCGCUGAAAGGGGAUCGAUUGCUCGAAGUUAUGGAGGAUUGUGUAGUGAAUGAGUGUGAUACACAGAAGCUGAAGGAGGUCGCGGAAUUGGCGAGACGGUGUUUGAAAGUGAAAGGAGAGGAGAGACCAACAAUGAAGGAAGUGGCAAUGGAACUGGAGGGGUUGAGGAUAGCGUCAAGGCAUACAUGGGCUAAUAGUGAUGGAACAGAGUUGCAAGAGACAGAGCAUUUGCUUGGUGAUGAUAGAUCAGAUGGUUUGAGUUUCUGUUAUGGGACUAAUGGUAGCACAAGUAUGGGAUAUGAUAGUGUAAAGAACCAUGUACUUUUGCCAGUACAUGGUGGAAGGUGAAUUCUUUUUCUCUUCUGCUAUUCUAAAGUGAUUCUUUUUCU